AAAUAAAAUUUUUUCAAGAGUUGUUAUUAACCAAAACAACUCUUGGUGGAUUAUUCCACGUAAUCUUUACUUUUUAGAAUGCGCUGAAUCCGAAAAUGACUUCCGUUUUGUCAUAGGUCAUCACGUUUUGUGACAGUCUCACCAAAAUAUAUGGAAAUUAGAUGAAAAUAGUCAAACAGCUUUUCAGUCGCAGACCUCUAAUAGAUAAUAUAGAAAUAAGACGUCAAUAUUUAAUAGAGAAGAACGUAAUCGUGCAAAUGCUAUGGUCGCUCGUAUUACAUAUAUCCGAUAUAUCUCCGAUAUAAGAUGAUAAAUUCUUGCAUUUACUUAAGGAAUCAUUUUAAUAAUCUUUCAUUAUGUAAUAGCGUUAUAAUAAACAAAUACACAAUAGUCGACAUUUCUACAUUAUCUUAAUAGAUUUCUAAUUAUCUAUUAAGGUUUUAUUCCAAUUUGGUUUACAUAUUAUUUAUAAUAAAUUGUGUAUUGGCAUAAAUAUUUUUAAAGUAGUAAUAUUUGUAAUACUUGACGAGUUUAUACACAUAAGUGAAAGGUUUUGUUAAUAUAAAGAAUAUGUAGUAAUAAAUAACAUAGUAAAAAUCAAGAAAUAACAAGAAAAUAAUAUUGUUGUCAUAAAAGGUAUAAUUGUAUACAUAAAGACACGUGACACAUCAGUAUUUAACACUGUCUAAAAAUAUUCAUCAUGCCGAUUAUUAUUUUAAAAAUUAAGAAUGUUUCGUAUUGAUCUAACGCAAUCACUUUCAAAUAGCGCAUUACCAAAUAUUUAGCUUCAGUGUCAAAAAAUUAAGCCUAGGAGGCAUCAUUCUUAAGAACCAACUGUACUCUGUGAUAGCGUCCAUUAAAAUGAAAUAUCGGCUCUAAGAAGGGAGAUAUUGCGUCUGCGUCGAUUAUCUGCAAUUACUAUAACAUCAUGAAAAAACUACCUGUUAAAUUGUUUUGCGGUAAAUCGAUAACGUGUAAAGUCAGUUUAUUGAGAAAUUGGUUAAAUUAAGUGUGUUUAGAUCUUAUAGCAAAUUUUUAUGCUUAUAGUCAUAAAUUAGAGAAAUUGCGUAGACAUUUGUAUGAUCAAAAAAUAAAAAUAAAAAUGUAUGAAAUACUUAAUCAAGCAAUGAAAUAAACGGAAAGACAAACUCUUUCUUUACAGUCAUACUUAGAAACUUGCAGAGAAAUGAUACCUUCGAUAACUCAGUAUUACAAUCUCAAUAGAAUUCUAUUACUUGUUAUCGGUUUAUGGCCCUAUCAACAAUCCACAUUUAGUCGAUUACAGUUUAUUUUCUUCUCUCUUAUUGUGACGGCAGGUAUUAUUUUUCAGCUGACUCCAUUAAUAAUAUUAAAAUGUUCUACAGACCUUAUUGUCAAAGUGCUGUCUUCCGUAUUUUUGUAUAUAUUGUUCCUAGUAAAUUAUUACGCUUUCCGUUUUAACACUGAAGUUGUGAAGAAUUUAUUGGUGAACCUUCAACAUGUAUUUAAUAAGUUAAAGGAUGAAAAAGAAAUCGCUAUUAUGGAGAAAUACAGUUGUAUUGCAAAACGUUACACGAUAGUAAUCACAGCAUUUGGAAUUUGCAUAAUAUUUAUUAGUAUUGUAACUCAAUUUGUGUCAAAAACAAUUGUUUUUGUUGUAUCAAUGAAUGUGUCUCAACCAUAUAAAUUCCUCAUUUUGAUGAAGUAUUUUAUCGAUCAAGAAAAAUAUUUUUAUCUUAUUGUGUUGCAUAUAUAUGCAGGAAUAUGUUUUGGAACCGUUUCAAUAAUAUCAGUAGGUACAAUGCUUAAUACGUAUGUUCAACAUAUGUGUGGAAUGUUUAAAAUUGCUAGUUAUCGUAUUGAGCAUGCAAUGAGCAUCAACAUUUUACAAAAUAUAACACUAAAAAAUAAUAUUUUAAUGACUGAGGGCAUAGUUUAUGCCGUUGAUAUUCACCGGCAAGCUAUGAAAUUGACUAAACAGUUGGUGUCGGCAUUCGAGAUAAUGUUUUGUGGUUUAAUAGUAUGUGGAGUGCUUAUAUUGAGCCUUAAUCUAUUUCAAAUUAUAGUAAAUAAAAAUACUUUUGAGGAAUUGUGUCCCCACAUUUGCUGUGUUUUUGUCUCUCUCGUAUAUAUGUUUGUGUGUAACUAUGUCGGGCAAAAUGUAAUGGAUCACAAUAAUCGCAUAUUUUUUACUGUGUACAACGUACAGUGGUACGAAGCCCCAAUACAUGUUCAGAAGAUGAUACUAUUCAUAUUGCAAAAAGAAACCAUAAAAUUUAAUUUGAGUAUUGGUCGAUUAUUUAAUGCAUCUAUAGAAUCUUUUGCCAUGCUUACUAAGGCCUCGGUAUCUUACUGUACUGCACUAUAUUCUACGCGAUGACAAAGCAAUGAGUUUGAUAACAGUAUGGUGAGAUAAUAAUUAAUAGAAAAGCAACAAUAUUCAUGCUUAGAAAGUAGGAAUAAUUUUUUGAAAAUAUAAUGUGGCUUCUAGAGAAA